AUGAACGACGAGAAGAUCGACCGGGGCGCCUACGUGCGCCCUAUCAAGGACAUGAGCGAUGAUGAACACUCUUUCAUCGCUGAUGCGCCAAUAUCCGCUACGAUGGACCCCGAAGAGUACGCCCGCCAAGAGAAAAAAGCGCUGUUCAAACUCGACAUGCAAAUCGUACCGCUCUGCCUCAUGCUCUAUUUCCUUUCCUUCCUGGACAGAACAAACAUUGCCCAGGCCAAGCUGAACGGACUCCAGACGCAGCUGAAUUUGUCCGAGUACGACUAUACCCUGGCGCUCGUGGUACUGUACCCCCCCUACAUCCUCUUUGAAAUUCCGUCGAACCUGCUCAUUAAGCGCAUUGGCCCUUCGCGCUGGAUUCCGCUGCUGGUGUGCCUCUGGGGGCUGGUUUCGACACUGCAAGGCAUCGUCAAGUCACGCGAUGGUCUGCUGAUCAACCGUGCUUUCCUUGGUUUGGCCGAAGCAGGUAUUCUGCCCGGCAUUGCAGUCUACCUCACCUUUUUCUACAAGCCGAGGGAGCUGCAGCUGCGCCAAGCACUCUUUUUCUGUGGUGCCUCGCUGAGCGGUGCAUUCUCUGGCCUGCUUGCCGCCGCUAUUAACAACAUGUCGGGCAUGAAAGGACUGCAGGGUUGGUCGUGGAUCUUUAUUCUGGAAGGUAUCUUCACGGUCGUCUUUGGUUUCUGCUGUCUGUUCCUCCUCCCCGACAAUAUUAAAUCUACAUGGUGGCUCACUCCCGUGGAAAAGCAGAUUAUCACGGAGCGCCUUGCGUCUUCGUCCAACCGAUUCCAGGACCGUCCUGAGCUCGACCAAAAGUUGGCGCAGGUGCAGAUGGACGUUGCGCACGAAGCCCCCGUCCCGAUGCCAAAUUUGGCCCGCAGGGAUAUGCUCCGAGCACUCAUCGAUCCCUCCAUGCUUCUCAUGUGUGCAGCGAGUUUCUGCGGGGUGAUUUCGCUCUAUUCGAUUUCGUACUUUUCGCCGACGAUUAUCAAGGACAUGAAUAACUACAGCACUGUGCGUGCGCAGCUUAUGUCGUGCCCUCCGUACGCGGUCUCUCUCGUGUACUGUGCGUCAAUGGCCGUGAUUUCCGACCGGUUCCGCACGCGCUUCUUUUCCGCGCUGCUGGGCAUGGUCCUGUCGAUGGUUGGAUUCGCAAUGACCUAUGCAAGCACGCAUGCCAUGACACGCUACGGUGGCGUGAUUGUCCUGACCUGCGGAUCCUACUCGAUCCUUCCGGUUCUCUUUGCGUGGAUGGCCAACAAUUCUGCCGGACAUUACAAGCGCGCUGUCGGCCUCGCGAUGCUCAUUGUCUUUGCCAACAGCGGCGGCCUGACAUCCGCCUUCCUUUUCCCCAAGAAGGAAGGAAAGCAGUACAAGCGUGGCUUGCUUACCAACUUGUCUCUGAACGAAAACGCGACCACCGUGUGA